UGUGUAAUGAUUGUUUCCUAAAAGGCAUAUAAAUCGGAGCGCAGAGCCGCGCGUUUCGAGUCGUCGGAAUAGCGAUUGAAAAAAGGUGUGCUUACUCAGUUGGCCAGCGAAUCGGAAACUCGCGAUUUGGUAGUUACAGCUACCGGAGAUUGGAUAGGAAAUGGAGUGAGCCGUCGAUGGCGACACUGUGGUGGCUCUGGCUCUCGCUCCACCUGAUCCCAGGCACCUGGGCAGCCGGAAACGAGGGAAACAGUCGGAUUGUGGGCGGAAUACCAGUGGAUAUUGCCAGUGUUCCCUAUCUGGUGAACCUCCGCAUUGCGGGGAACUUUCUAUGCGGCGGUUCCUUGGUCACCCCACAACAUGUGGUCACCGCUGCCCAUUGUGUCAAGGGAGUGGGUGCCUCCCGCAUCCUGGUCGUCGCCGGAGUCACGAAACUCACGGAAACGGGUCUUAGAAUGGGCGUGGAAAAGGUCUACACCCCGAAGGCGUACAACACGCGAACCCUUACCACGGAUGUGGCUGUUUUGAAACUCAAAUCCCCCAUCAGUGGUCCCAAAAUCUCCACCAUUGAGCUGUGCAAAGUCAACUUUACGGCCGGCGAACUGAUCAAGGUCUCUGGGUGGGGACAAAUCACGGAGCGCAAUAAGGCGGUUUCUAUGCAAGUGCGCAGCGUGGAUGUGGCGCUGAUUCCCCGUAAGACCUGCAUGAACCAGUACAAGUUGCGUGGCACCAUCACCAGCACCAUGUUCUGUGCCUCAGUUCCCGGGGUAAAAGAUGCCUGCGAAGGCGACUCUGGAGGACCGGCCGUCUAUCAAGGUCAACUCUGUGGAAUUGUCUCGUGGGGCGUUGGCUGUGCCAGGAAGAAUUCGCCAGGAGUCUAUACGAAUGUCAAGACUGUAAGGAGCUUCAUCGACAAGGCUUUGGGAAUGUGAGCCAAAAACUA